GUAAGAAAUCAAACACAGAGAAGAAAUACGUUCGUUUAGUUUUUGUGUUUUCAUAAAUUAAAAUGUCGUCAAAAUCUAGUAAAUAUGAGCUUGAAAGCCCCAAGUGGCUAAAUGAAGAUUUCUUUGAUAUGGUUUUACGAAAGUUUCUUAAAGAUGACACUAUUAAGGUUAAAAGCUUGUCGAUAGCUCCAGCAACCAUAAUCAACGAUCACUAUGGAAGUACAAUGUUUCGAACUACUAUUGACUACUCUGAUUCAAAAAACAACAACUUUACAAUUCCGUAUAUUGUAAAAACUGCAACAGAAGUGGAAAGUGUGAAAAAGGAUAUACUGAGUGAUUCGUUUGUUUUCAAAACUGAAACUCGAAUGUAUUCGGAAACAAUUCCGAAAAUAGAAAUGAUCUUACGGAAGUACGGCGAUGAUACUACUAUAGGGCCAAAAUUAGUCUACUCAGCUAUGACACCACAUGAGGUUAUUAUUUUAGAAGACUUGAAAACCCAAGGAUUUUUUGCACUUGAUGACGACUAUCCAAAUAUUGAACAAAUCAAAAGAGCCAUUUCGAAAAUUGCUAAGUGGCAUGCUGUUAGUUAUAAGCUGGCACACGAAGAACCCGAAUCAAUAACGACGUAUAACGAUGGAAUUGCUAGUUUGAAAUUGGAAAAAAUCGAUUUCUUUACUUCUGGCAUCAAAAAUUUUAUUAACAAUAUUUUAUCAACCGAUGAGGAGCUCAAAAAAUAUAUUCCAUAUUUUGAAGAAAUCGAUAAGACACUUAUUGAAACUUUUUCAAACAUCGGAAAUGCUUACAAACGUGGUGAUAGGGCUUUAUUCGUUCUCAAUCAUGGAGAUUUUCAUUUUAAAAAUAUGAUGUUAAAGCUCAAAAAAUCUGGAGAGUUGGAUGAUCUUUUGUUAAUCGAUUAUCAAAUGUGCUCUUAUGGCCCAGCUGUGAUGGACUUAACUUAUGCCCUUUAUUUGUUAAUGGAUAGUGAAACACGAUGGAAUAAACGUGAAGAAAUUAUUUAUGAGUAUUUCGAGGAGUUUCGAGACACAUUGAAAAAAAUCGAGUUUUGUGGUGAAGUACCAAAAAUGAUGGAUUUACAAAUUGAUUUCAUCAAAUAUCAAAAAUAUGAAACAAUGCUUGUGGCAAUUUUCCUUCCAGUUGCUCUUGCAUUUCAUGAUAAGGACUUAAGAGUCGAUGAUAUAAUGGAAUCAUCGGAAACUCGAACUAAAUUAUAUCAGCAUCCGAGGGUUAUGAAGGAAGUUAAGAGAAUUUUACCGAUGCUUUUGUAUAAAGGUGCUUUAGAUUGAAAAAUUAUAAAAAUAAAAAAAUAUUAUAAAAAUCGGUGAACAUCCAAAAUUUCAGUAAAAUCCUUCAUAAUGGAUUUAGUGUUAAAAACAAUCUACUUUAUUUUUAUAAACUUAUGAUACUCAAACUUCUAUAGUACUUUGUACUUCUUCAUAUAUAUAUUUGUUUAAAUAUUUCUCGUGGGAUUGAGUAGUUCAUUAAGUUACAAAAAAUGUGCCGGUACGUUCGAAAACAUACUUUAAUGUGUCAAUAAAUAUUUAAGCAAUAAGAAAAGUGGAAUCACAUAUCCUACCAUGAAUAAAAUUUUCAAGUUAUAUGUACCCUUA